UCUCUCCAUUUAACUAAUCACACACUCUCUCUCUCUCUCCUCUCUCACUAAUUUUCUUCUUCCUUACGCGUUUGUGAAAGCAUUUGCAGCUUUGCCUCUCUCUCUCUCUCUCUAGGAUCAUCCUUUAUUUCUGUGACUGUGAGCUUUCGGAGAGGAGAGAGAGGAAAACAAAAAAAAAGGUCGUGGCUUGAAGCUGAAUCAAUACCAUUACCACCACUUAUACACAUACACACACACAACACACACUAUUCCUUUUUUUUCAAAAAUCAAAGUCUGUUUCUUUUGUUCGGAAGCAACCUCUGUUUAUGGACUCUGGAUCUCUAAAAAACAGAGCUUCUCCUCUGAGUUAACACACUCUGUUUCUCUCUCUCUCUCUCUCUCUCAAUCGAUCUGUGAGAUCAAGCGUCUGUGUUUCCGACAACAUGAAUACCGGUGGUCGGUUAAUCGCCGGUUCUCACAACAGAAACGAGUUCGUUCUGAUUAAUGCCGACGAGAGUGCCAGAAUAAGAUCAGUGCAAGAGCUGAGAGGACAGACAUGUGAAAUCUGCAGAGACGAGGUCGAAUUGACCGUCGAUGGAGAACCAUUCGUGGCCUGUAACGAAUGUGCGUUCCCUGUUUGCAGACCUUGCUACGAGUACGAAAGAAGAGAAGGCAAUCAAGCUUGUCCUCAGUGCAAAACCCGUUACAAAAGGCUUAAAGGAAGUCCAAGAGUUGAGAAUGAUGAGGAGGAAGAUGACAUUGAUGAUAUAGACAAUGAGUUUGAUUACAUGAACAAUGGUGGGAUUGGAUUUGAUCAGGUCUCUGAAGGUAUGUCUGUCUCUCGUCGCCACUCUGGCUUCCCGCAGUCUGAUUUGGAUUCAGCUCCUCCUGGCUCUCAGAUCCCAUUGCUGACUUAUGGUGACGAGGACAUUGAGAUCUCUUCAGACAGACAUGCGCUUAUUGUUCCUCCUUCACUUAGUGGUCAUAGUCAUAGAGGCCACCCGGCUUCUCUCUCUGACCCAACCAUUGCUGCACAUCCAAGACCUAUGGUACCUCAGAAAGAUCUUGCGGUUUACGGUUACGGAAGUGUGGCUUGGAAAGACCGUAUGGAGGAGUGGAAAAGAAAGCAGAAUGAGAAACUUCAGGUGGUUAAACAUGAAGGUGAUCCUGAUUUUGAAGAUGGUGAUGACAUCCCAAUGAUGGAUGAGGGAAGGCAGCCAUUGUCUAGGAAGAUACCAAUCAAAUCAAGCAAGAUAAAUCCUUACAGGAUGUUGAUUGUUCUACGUCUUGUGAUUCUUGGUCUCUUCUUUCACUACCGUAUUCUUCACCCGGUCAAAGAUGCAUAUGCACUGUGGCUUAUAUCUGUUAUUUGUGAGAUAUGGUUUGCUGUUUCAUGGGUUCUUGAUCAGUUCCCUAAGUGGUACCCUAUAGAACGAGAAACAUACUUGGACCGUCUCUCAUUAAGAUAUGAGAAAGAAGGGAAACCAUCAGAACUAUCAGCUGUGGAUGUAUUUGUCAGUACAGUGGAUCCGUUGAAAGAGCCUCCGCUUAUUACAGCAAACACUGUCUUGUCUAUUCUUGCGGUUGACUAUCCUGUUGAUAGAGUUGCUUGUUAUGUAUCUGAUGAUGGUGCUGCUAUGCUUACUUUCGAAGCUCUUUCCGAGACUGCUGAAUUUGCGAGGAAAUGGGUUCCUUUCUGUAAGAAAUACUGUAUCGAGCCUCGUGCUCCUGAGUGGUACUUCUGCCAUAAGAUGGACUACUUGAAGAACAAAGUCCAUCCUGCAUUUGUCAGAGAACGGCGAGCCAUGAAGAGAGAUUAUGAAGAAUUCAAAGUGAAGAUCAAUGCUUUAGUAGCAACGGCACAGAAAGUGCCUGAGGAAGGUUGGACUAUGCAAGACGGUACACCUUGGCCUGGUAAUAGCACAAGAGAUCACCCCGGCAUGAUCCAGGUUUUCCUUGGAAGUGAUGGUGUGCGUGAUGUGGAAAACAACGAGUUGCCUCGUUUGGUGUAUGUCUCUCGUGAGAAGAGACCUGGAUUUGAUCACCAUAAGAAGGCUGGAGCUAUGAAUUCUCUUAUACGAGUCUCAGGGGUUCUAUCAAACGCUCCUUAUCUUCUCAACGUUGAUUGUGAUCACUACAUCAACAACAGCAAAGCUCUCAGAGAAGCAAUGUGUUUCAUGAUGGAUCCUCAGUCAGGAAAAAAAAUCUGUUACGUUCAGUUCCCUCAAAGAUUCGAUGGGAUUGAUAGGCACGAUCGAUACUCAAACCGCAACGUUGUCUUCUUCGAUAUCAAUAUGAAGGGUUUGGAUGGGUUACAAGGACCUAUAUACGUGGGGACAGGUUGUGUGUUCAGGAGGCAAGCUCUUUACGGGUUUGAUGCACCUAAGAAGAAGAAGGCUCCACGUAAGACAUGUAACUGCUGGCCAAAAUGGUGUUUCCUCUGCUGUGGUUCGAGAAAGAACCGUAAAGCAAAGACAGCAGCUGCUGAUAAGAAGAAGAACAGAGAAGCCUCUAAGCAAAUCCAUGCGUUAGAAAAUAUUGAAGAGGGUCGCGUCACUACUAAAGGGUCUAAUGUAGAACUAUCAACCGAGGCGAUGCAAUUGAAGCUGGAGAAGAAGUUUGGACAGAGUCCUGUCUUUGUUGCAUCUGCUCGUAUGGAGAAUGGUGGGAUGGCUAGAAACGCAAGUCCAGCUUGUCUGCUUAAGGAAGCUAUCCAAGUCAUUAGCUGUGGGUAUGAAGAUAAAACCGAGUGGGGAAAAGAGAUUGGGUGGAUCUACGGUUCUGUUACGGAAGAUAUUCUCACUGGUUUCAAGAUGCAUUCUCAUGGUUGGAGGUCUGUUUACUGCACACCUAAGUUACCAGCUUUCAAAGGAUCAGCUCCCAUCAAUCUUUCAGACCGUCUUCAUCAAGUUCUUAGAUGGGCUCUUGGGUCUGUUGAGAUUUUCUUGAGUAGGCAUUGUCCUAUUUGGUAUGGCUAUGGAGGUGGUUUGAAAUGGCUUGAGCGGUUGUCUUACAUUAACUCUGUGGUUUAUCCAUGGACCUCCCUUCCCCUCAUUGUCUACUGUUCUCUCCCAGCCAUCUGUCUUCUCACAGGCAAAUUUAUCGUUCCUGAGAUAAGCAACUAUGCGAGUAUUCUCUUCAUGGCACUCUUCUCGUCCAUUGCAGUAACUGGUAUUCUCGAGAUGCAAUGGGGCAAAGUUGGGAUCGAUGACUGGUGGAGAAAUGAACAGUUUUGGGUCAUUGGAGGUGUAUCUGCUCAUCUCUUUGCUCUCUUCCAAGGUCUUCUCAAGGUUCUUGCUGGUGUGGACACUAACUUCACGGUCACGUCAAAAGCAGCUGAUGACGGCGAGUUCUCAGACCUUUACCUCUUCAAAUGGACUUCACUUCUCAUCCCUCCCACGACUCUUCUCAUCAUAAAUGUCAUUGGAAUCGUAGUUGGAAUCUCUGAUGCUAUAAGCAAUGGAUAUGACUCAUGGGGACCGCUUUUUGGAAGACUGUUCUUUGCACUUUGGGUGGUUAUUCAUCUUUACCCUUUCCUUAAAGGUUUGCUUGGGAAGCAAGAUAGAAUGCCGACCAUUAUUGUCGUCUGGUCCAUCCUCCUGGCUUCUAUUCUUACACUUCUUUGGGUAAGGGUUAACCCGUUUGUGGCUAAAGGUGGUCCUAUUCUCGAGAUAUGUGGUUUGGACUGCUUGUGAGUUGAUCCAAGGUUGGUUCCCACGGAUCAAGAGAGGUAAGAAAGAGAGAGAGAGAUUAUCUACCCUCUUAAAAGACUACUUCAUUGUGUUCAUUAAACGAUGAAACAAAAAAAAAGAUUUAAUUUUGUUUACGUGAAUGUUAUUUUUGCAAGAAUGUGUUGUAGAUAUAGAAGAAGUUUGUUGUCUAUUUGUUUUGUUCUUUGGUGUUGAGAGAAAAGAUUUGGUAAAUUAUUCUUUUAAUUGAAUAUUUAUGAUCUCUUUUGAAUAUUACAUAAGAGGUGUUUCAGUC